UCACCCGGCAUCUAUUCUGUUUCGGAAUACUAUAACACAAUGUCUUCUAGACUCCAAGAUCUCUCUUGGGGAGUUUUAGAGGUUCUCCUGCUACCUUGCUGGUUGAUGGAGAAUCCAUCUCGUCCGGUAUGUCUCAUCGAAAACGCUAUCGAUAGAUUAAUCGAAUAUGGCGAUCGGAUCCACGCUGCUCACAAGUACGCAGAUGAACACAAAGAAAAAGUUCACAGUAAGCAUGGAACCCCACACUACGGAUGUCCAACAACACGGUCUAGAUUGAGCAUACACAGUGAACGACGCUCUGGAUAUACGACAAAGAAGUCUCAAUCGAUAGACAUCUUGGUUUCUAAGCCUGGAAAACAGAGCCAGGCAACUUCUAAACGUGGAAAACAGCCCCAAUUGACUCCUUACCAAUCCUUUCUUGCCAGUAUGUUGUCGAAGCGCCUUCCUGAUUCGUGGAUCCAAGUUGAGUUUAUGCUCUACGACGAAGAUGGAACGCAGUUACUGGAAUUGCGUACAGAAGUGUUCGGGGAAGCACUCAGAAACACAGUUGUCAAUGGCAAAUCUGUUGAAUUUAUGUAG